AUGGGAAACCGUAUUAUUAUCCCGUCUUCUUUUACGGGUGGCAGCCGUUACAUGCAACAUAAUUACUUAGACGCAAUGACUUUGGUUAAGUGUUUUGGUUAUCCUGAUCUUUUUUUAACCGCUGCUGCAUGUAAUCCUAAAUGGCCAGAGGUAAUUAGAUUCGUUGAAUCUGAAAAUCUUAAACCCGAAGACAGGCCUGAUAUUUUGACAAGAAUAUUCAAAAUAAAACUUGAUUCACUAAUCACUAGACUCAAGGAAGAAAAAAUUUUGGGUGAAGUCGAUGGAGUAAAGGGUCCUACUUGCUAUGAAGAUAUUAGAACGGUUAACGGGAGCGUUUAUGACUCUUACAAAGAUGCUUGCUACGCUCGUGGUGUAUUAGACGAUGAUAGAGAGUACACAUCUUCUAUACAAGAAACACAUCAUUGGGCCACCGCUUCUUUCUGCAGAUCUCUAUUCGUUAUGUUGAUUACAUCAGAUAGUCUAUCCCGGCCUCAUCAUGUUUUUAAAGAGACAUAUAACUGUCUCUCUGAUGAUGUCGUUCACGUUCGAGAACAAGAAAUGGGCGUGAAAGGCUUGAAGCUAGAACCGGAAGCAAUUUACCACCUAACGUUGUCGUACAUUGAGAAAUCUUUAUUGAGCUAUGGACUGAGUUCAUCGAGGAAGAAGGAAGAAGUUUCCGGAAAAGGCAUAUUUGGCCCCUAUGUUUUGGUUUUAUGGCAAAAUAAACCCCAAUUCUGA